GAUCGCGCGGAGGAGAAUCACGGGAGCAAGGAGGAAAGAGAGAGAGACCAACGAGGUCGUUCGAAGGUGGGAGCGCGAGGUGCUCGAGCGACGGAGGAGAAGCAGAUGUCUGAAGGGAGGGGGAUGUAGCGCGCACGGGGGUGGCGGUACGCGCAAUGUGCAGCGCGGGGGCAGGCGGUGGUCUGGCGACUUGCUGGCAGUCUCGUUGAUCCGGCUGCGAGCAGUGCGCGCCGUGACGUGACAAUGGCGGUAGUUAUAAUUGCGGUACGGUGCGAUACUGUGAUCAGCUGAUCAGCCGAACCUGAGAGAAAAGGGGUAGAGAUAGAGAUAGAGAGAAAGAGAGAGUCGAGAUCGCGAGAUCGAGAGUGAAAGCGAGAGAUAGAGCGGGCGCGGGCAUUUUUAAAGAGGCACCGACGGAAAAAAAAAAAGAAGAGAGGCCCCGAAAGAGUUUGCCCCCUCGCAAACCGCCUCGCUUGGUCAUGUCGUCGCAUUCGUGAUCGGGUUCGAAGGUGUGCUGCUCCUUGCGUUCUCCCCCCUCCUCCCCCCCCGGGUUGUAUGUGAAUUAUACAGUGUGCCGCCCCGGCGCUCUGCCCCCGCUUGCCCCCUUUCCCCCGGUCCACCCCCGUUCAUUGCCACGCGUGUACAUCCGCCCCAGUGUGUUGUGUCUGUGCGGCACGUAUGCGUGGGGUUCGCACGACCGGUAGAUAAAUGUCUCUCAGUCAUGCCCGCCGUGCGGAAGUACCGAAGGGAUACCAGCGAGGUGAGCUGCUGCCUCAAGUACGUGAUCUUUGGAUUUAACGUCAUGUUCUGGUGGCUCGGUCUGGGCAUCAUGGCAGUGGGCGUCUGGGCAUGGACCGAAAAGGACACCUUCAACAAUCUGUCCCGCCUCACGAACGUCGCACUCGAUCCAGCAUUUAUCCUCAUUCUAGUCGGUACAGUGACAUUUAUCAUCGGUUUCACCGGAUGCGUCGGCGCGCUACGAGAGAACACAUGCCUCCUCGCCGCGUACGCAAUAUUUUUGGCAUUACUGCUGAUGAUGGAAAUGACAGCCGGUGUUUUGGGAUUCAUCUUCAAAGAUUGGAUAAAGUCACAAGCUACGGGGGGCUUCCAAGCGUUCAUCAUCCACUACAGAGAGGAUCCCGAUCAGCAGAACCUCAUCGAUUGGAUUCAAGAAGAUUGGUUGCAAUGUUGCGGCAUCGAGGGCCCAAAGGAUUGGGACCGCAACAAUUAUUUCAAUUGUUCGUCGAGCGACAUUGGCUCGAGGGAAGCAUGCGGCGUGCCUUUUAGCUGUUGCAAGCGAAAACCUAAUGAAAUAAUUAAAAAUAAACAAUGCGGUUAUGACGUAAGAAAGCCCAGUUACACGGGAGAGAGGAGUAUAUUCGAGAGGGGUUGCCUAAGAGCGGGCGAGGAGUGGCUAGAAUUGAACCUCGUACCCGUCGCCGGUACCGUGGUCAGCACCAUGGUUCUGCAGAACUUUGAGGUCGCCAAAGUGAUUUACGAAAAAGGUUGCAUACAGGCCGGCGAGGAGUGGAUAGAACGAAAUCUCCUCGCGAUUGCCAGCGGUGCGGUUGGCACAGUGUUCACUGAGAUUCUGGGGAUCUGCUUCGCGCAGAAUCUGCGAGCGGAUAUAUUCGCGCAAAAGGCGAAGUGGCAUUGACAAUCGCGUGCCCCCACGGCAGUUUAGCAUCUUGUCUUUAUAGAUGCUAACCGGCUACGUUGAUCGAAUUACAAGGUCUCGACGCGAACUCGGAACUCCAGCGAGCGGACCGAUUGGAUCUUUUCCUGGACGAAGAAAGGACGGACACCUCGAAGGAUUUUCACCAUCACAACGCCGAUGCCGAUUGCGAUAUUCUCCGACGAUAAUCAGAUCCGCCCGAUAGCGCUGUAUUUCGCACCGCUCGAAUCCUUCGACUUGUAAAUAUCCGAGAAAAUUCGCAAUCGCGCGCGACUACCCCGUCCUGCUCCUUCCGUACCCGUCCAAUCGAUUAGUCGAAUAAUGAGAGAAAUUGAUUGUUUUCAAAGUUUAUUCUUAUCCAUCGCGUACUGAUUAACGUCGUCCUUGAGCAGAUUUCUUAUCGCAAAUACAGAGACCGAGCAAUCUUUAAAAGUAUAAUUUUUUAAUUUAAACAAUUUCUUAAAAAUAUCUAUUACGUUAUCUUGCACGUUAUUCAUUUACGCGGAAUUGUAAUUUCAUUAUUUUACAUAAAGUGAUAAAGAAAAAAAUAUAUUUUUACAUGCUAAUAUAUAUAAUGAAAUGAGAAUCAACAGUUUACAUAAAAGUAAAAAUUGACAUUUUAUUAACUUUAAAUUUAGAUUAAUUAUAUUUAAUUUUCGGUUUUCAAUUUUUGGCAAACUAGCACCCAACAUUGACAUAGAAAACUUUAUUUUGCCAUAUGUACAUUUUUAUUAAUUAAAGUCAAUUUCUCUCGCUAUCAAACAACGUCGACGGGAAGAUGCUGGUUGUCGCGACGCAAGCGUUCAGCAAAAAGCUUUUUCGACGAGUGCAUCGCAGUAUAUCGUCACGAAAUGUCCGAUGUAACGUUUGUCUUCAUCAUCGGAGCGGAACGUCUCGAUGUUUCAUCUCGACGUUGCUGCCUGCAAAACGUAUUUACUUCUUCGCGAGGAAUCAACGCGCUAAAAUAUUUCUCCUAAGAAUUAAGAAAUCCAGACUUUUAAAUGAUUCAAAAAUUUCAGUUUCCAGUUAUUUAAUAUUACUAAAAUACACUUCUUUGCUAAUGUUUCUUUCAAAUCAUUAAAUUUCAAUAUAUAUAUAUAUGACAAACUUUAAGUAAAAUCACCUUGAGCAAUAAGAAUACAACUGGCUUGACUAAGGCAUUUCAUUGUAUGAAAUGGUUACUUUCGAGUAGGAUAUAUUCGUUCUAGUAUAUCCGGGCUUCUCAAACCGACGAGUCAACAAGCGAUCACAAGUGACACUCAAAGCGUCGGACUCGAUUCCACGGAAAAUCGAUACUCCUAGGGCAAACAAUGGAAUCUCAUCCGGUGCUCGCAAUUCGAUCUCUCUUCGAGGCGCCUCAGGACUGAUUGCAUCAACAUCGAUUAUCGUCGCUAAUCACGGUUAAUUUCGUUUACCACCUCUAUGUCAGUCCACCACAGUUUAAAAAGCAAAUUGUCAACCAGAAUUAAUUAAUCAAGCCUAUCGCUGCCGUUAAUUCCUAGUCCUGAUUGCAGCAAGUUAAUUAUCGUCGGCUGUUAUCGAUUUUCCAAUUUUCUAUUUUCCAAUUUUCUAUUGGAACUCAUUCGUACGAAACAUGCACAAGAAAUGAACGCAUCAACGGAGCCAAACGAUAGAUGCAACCAGCUUCUUCCGGGCUCGCGCGAAACCGGUCGACCGUUGCAGGACACGGUCGACUGCGGAAUCCCGUCCUCCCCUCCGGAAACGAGAAAAGUCGAUACGUUUCGCGCAUUUCGAGAUAGGAAAAGACAAACGAACCGCUCUCUCGUCUAGGAUUCGCGAGCUACAAUAUGUCGAGGACCAUUAUAAGAUCGGUCAACGUGACGUCGUCGUGGGGGCGCGGUGAACGAGAGAAGUUCAACUUCACCGCACAAGUGAAUCAGCAACAACUCCUCGCCGUGAUAGAGAACGGCAGCCAUACAACAUACACAACAAGUAUACAAUAAUUCUCCCUUAUUCCCAAUCGGUCGUCAAAACGACACAGUAAUGGAUCCACCGUGCCACCUCGGGCAUAUUGAUUCCUCCUGAUUGCAUACAUUCCAUCCCCCCAUCGAUGGGCCAGGUGCCCGUCAUACACCGUGUCUACCGCACGUAUACAUAUAUCAUGAAGCACAUCGAGAACGAUCCUUCGACUCUACGACUCGCGAGCGUAAACAAGCAAAUAAUUCAUAAUUACAUAUUUUGACGUAACAAAUAAUUCCUCAUAUUUCACAUUUAUAUGUUUUAAAAAUGUAAUUAAAUUUAAUAAGGAAUUAAUUUAAAAGAUUUUUUUCUGUUGAAAUUUACGCGCGACGGAAUUUACCUGUUUUCCAGGCUGGAAAAAUGACGACAGCUUGCGCAAACAAACACAGCCAUAAAUUACGAUAAUCGUUCGGGUGUGUUUAUCGGUUUGGAAUAAUUCACGAGAAAGAUAAUAUCGAAGGACCUCGACAUGUGCUGCUGAAGGGUCUGAUGGUAAAUACCAGCGAACCGCAUAUUUUAUAUCGCGUAGUAAAUUAUGCGGGGUACGUGCAUUAUAUGGUUUACGUGCAUUAUACUGUGCGAGUAGACGCGGGUGGCAUAACGUGCUAACUUGGGCUGUUAAUAUUUAUAAAUCUUGUGCGCUGGGAUACGCGACGGUUCUGUGUAUUUAUUUAUGCUCGAACUUAACAACAACGGAGCAAAAGUUUGUGGGGGUAUAGCUGAGGAAAUGUUUCGCGAGGCUUCCUCGAAUCUUCGAAAAUUUAUUUCUUUGCCGCGAAUAAGAAAAGAUAAGGAUACUUUCCCGAAGCUUACUAGUUGAACGAUAAGGAAUUCUCACGCGGCUGGCCCGUGCCCAAAACUGACUUGCGACAAUCCGUAACUGCCAAUUUUCGUGACAACGGAAUGCAAGUUGUACACAAUGUCUCAUUUAAAACGAAUUCUCAAUUAAUUGAAAAUGAGAUUGUUUUAAAUAUGAAGAAAAAAAUACAAUUAUAAUUAAUUUAACGUUUCAAUUUUUUAAUUUAUGUUUUGAGAAAAUACUUUCCUAAAUACCACAAAUCGUAAAUGCGUUUUUUCAAAUAGUCGAUCUACGUGCCAAUCGAUUGCACGAAUAUAACCUGUUGCUAAGUGGUUCGAGCAUGAAUGCGAAAUACGUCAUUCACGAUAUCUUUCUUUUAAGAUGUUUCUACGAAAUUUCCAGUGUAUCGCGUCGCAGUGGAUAGCCGAAUGCAUACAAUUAGCGAGACACUUGGAGGAAAGACGCUGUUGUUAUUUUACAAAAUUUGCGAAUUUGUUGAUCCGAAAAACCCUAUCGUGAAUUCACGGCGCUGUGAUCCGUUAAUUAGUUACUCGUUUCGUCGUAUAAAGGAUUUAAGUUAACUCAACAAUUGUAAUUUUUUUACGAGCCGUCGAUAUGAAAGCGGAAGCGGGUUUAGCAAAGGCUGUGCUAUUUAAGAUGAAUAUUCUCGAAAUAAUACUUUCCUUAUAUAUACAUAUAUAUAUAAUUGUUUUUAAUGUCGCCCCCCUUUCCCUUUUCUCUGUCUCUCGUGGCGUUCAACGACGACGACAUGAGCGACGGAUGCGUAUACAUAUUUUAACGACGACCGUGUACAUACAUACAGACCUGCAGUGUGCAUCUAUCUAAGAUUGAAAUGUAGAAAAGAAUCGCGAUAACGUUCCUUAGAAAAAUAAGAUUUACUCUUUUAGAAACAAAUGCAUCUCGAUAUGCGAUAACGAUGUGUUAGCGCAUACGCGAAGUGUAUCGCGAUUUCUACAUUUCAUUCGCAAGCACGCGCGGCAAGCGUAUACAUACUAGUAUAAAAUCGUCGAAACAAUUUGCUAAACCCGCCAUUCCCGGCCCGUGCAUCGUCCCCAUUAACUCGAGUUGUUGAACCUGAUCCGAUAUUCUCAUCGAGACAACCGCAACAGGCAAUCUCGCCAAAGAAUAUACGGAUCACGUGACACGAAUUAAAACCAGUUUCGAUUUGAAUAUAUAUACUGUAGUGCGUCGAGCGUUAAGUUAGUGUGCGUUUUAGCCCGUUUUACAUAUCUCCGCGAGAUCUUGCCUCGCCUUUUUCGUGUUCUCCGUUAAAUUUAUCCAAGUCGCGGAUCAAGCAUGUCGAUCAUCGCGCUUCUCCGCUUCGCAUCGCGUCGUUAAAUAUCAGUUACUUAGGUUUAUAAGGUAUAUCUAAUCGUUGCCACAAGAUCGAGCCAGUAAUCUGGAUAAGCAAUUUCAUUUUAACCAUUCGCAAGAGAUCUACGCUGCAGCCGUCCUUCGAAAAUUGUGAUCAAUCCGAGAUCCAUUUUAUUUAAAAAAAAACUAACUUCUAAAAUGGCGUUAUGUAUAUAUAAAAUUUUUCGUACCUUGCGUCGUAUUCAAGUUGACAGAUUUAUGAUUUCUCCCUGUACACGAUUCUUUGUGAUUUCUCAUAAACGCUUGCACAGUUUUGCCUUUCAGUGCGAUGACGAUUGCAUAUAAGUUUUAUAAACUUUUUUUUAACUUUUUAAUAAAAAUUUGGUUUACAUUUCUGCUUUUGUUUUUUUUCCUUGUUUCAUUAUUUAUUUUAAUUUCACUUAUUAAGUAAAAAUUUUGCCGAUUAAUCUCAAAUAAGAAAAUCUGGUGAAAAUGAUAAAAAAUCCGAAUUUAUCUGUAAGAUUUAAAUCCGAGAUUAGAUAUCAUCUCAAGUGAAAAAACCCGAGAUAAAUUUUAUAUAUGUAUACUUAGCUAUAUAUUAUAUAGCUUUAAGCUGUUGAUAUGUUUAUUAUCCUUUGUUUAUACUUUUUCUUAUUUUUGAUAAAUUUAUUUUAUACCAAACAUUCUUGAGUGUGUCGAGUAUUAAAAAAACGGAAAGAGCUCUUAACAAUUUGAUUAAUAAUAUCUAAGGUAUUUCUUAUAAUAUCAAUGGCAAUGCACGUAGUAAAACUUAAAUGUUACUAAUAAGUAUUCACACAGUUGUCUUCAUAAAGUAAUUGAUAAUAACCCAGCAACCCGACGUAAUUAAUAAUUUGUAUCUUAUUAUCGAUCCGUCUACUAUGUCUUACGGGCGAUUACAACGUUACAUUCCUUCUUUCGAAUUCCUGUAAAUACUGUACAUGUACUUGUAAAAAAAGAAGAAAGGAACUAUGAGACAGUCUAAUCGCUUGACCAACACCGUUAAAUGGUGAACAAAGAUGAUGUAAUAUAAUGUUUUUCCCGUGUAGAAUAAAAAAAAACGGAGUUUAUUAGCCGACCGGCAGUCCGAAUUUUGUAAAUAAUCGCGUGCGAUCGUAUCGUGAUAAUCGAAUUAAAUCACUUAUCGUGCCAAAAACGUGCAGUCAAAUUCGACGCCUCUUCAGUGAACUUUAGAAGAUAAUCACAAAAAAUGUAUGACCGAAUAGUUUAUCUUUAUACUGCGUUACAUCCCUAUUUUUAAGAACUCUAUUUUACAUUCUACUUCUUCUAUACAGCUUUCUAAUGCGUACUCCACGUUUUUUAAAAAUGUAGCUCUAAAACGAUUUAGAGCUUUUCAAUUUAAACUGCGAUAUUAUUCGAAGCAUCAAAGUAACAUAAUUAGGCAGCAGAAGAAAUUUAUAACAUCCGGCUAUCGCAAUGAUGCUGCACGAUUAUAUUUCUCUGCAUUUUAUACGACUCGUGUGUGUAUGUACACGCGCUGAUAUAUACCGAAUGUAAAUAAGAGCGAAACACGUCCGAGUAGACUAAUUGAUCAGACAAAACCAAUGUUCUAACUAUUUCGGAUCCUGCUGAUCCUCGCUUCGUUAAACUGUAGUGAAAAAUUCUGAGGGAAGCAAAAUAAGAGCCUCGUUAUUUCGAAGGCAAAAUAGAGAAAUCCUAACGAAGCUUUAUCCCUCGUGCCACAAAUGCGUUCAAAUAAUGAUUCGAAAAGGCUUACAGAAUUCAGGAUCGUUGAUUGUACGGAAAAAGAAAUACGCCAUGGAUGAAGUUUGUAUAAGUUGAUUACGGUUUACGUACUGCCUUGUUUUUAAUAUAGCCUCGACUACAAAAAUAUUAUACCCACGAUUGUCAAUCGCGCUUCGAAUCAUCUCUGAAAUAAUUACGACGACCACUGCCAUUGUGGUGUUUGACCUUUUGAUAAUUUGCGAUUUAUUGUACUGGUACGACUAUAUACAUAUGUAAUAUAGGUAAAUAGCACGUACUCCUAAGUGUAAUCAUUGUAAUUGAACUAAUGUAAAUACAGCCACAUACUUUUCUUGUAACGGCUAAGAGAUUACUGUAAUGUUUUUAUGGGCAACAAAUGAACAUUUAUACCCGUCGACGUGUGAGUCAAUAAAAAUUACAAUAAUUGAUA